CCCACAGAUCAGGUUUGAACUCCAGAACAAAUAUUUGUCCCAUUUUUUUGGUACGAAGUUUGAGAGCUUUCUUCUUCUGUCUUCUUUUUUAAACCGAACUGUAUUCUUCUGGUGUUCCUUUGAACUUGGCUCAGUGAAGACUGGAUUCUCCCCCGACCCUGCUCCGGGGAGCUUGGCAGAGCUGCCCAGCAAAAUGGAACGACUCACGUGCUGGCUCAUCUGGUUCUUUCUUUCAGAAGCACAAGGCUUUGAAAUCCCCACCAAUGGACUUCCAGAAUUUGCAGAAUAUGAAGAUCUUGUGGAAGUGGCCCCAGGCAAAUUUCAAUUUGUACCAGAGAGCCGGAGAUAUCAGAGGAGCAUUUCUGGAGAAUCCGGGGAAGUGAUGGAGGAUGCUGAUCAAGUAACCCUUUAUAGCCAUAAAGUCCAGUCCACUAUUACUUCUCGUAUGGCCAACACCAUCAUCCAGACGAAAGUGGUGAACAACUCCCCAGAGCCUCAGAAUAUUGUGUUUGAUGUUCAGAUUCCCAAAGGAGCUUUCAUCUCCAACUUCUCCAUGACUGUAGAUGGCAUGACAUUCACCAGUUCUGUCAAGGAGAAAACUGUGGGCCGAGCACUAUACUCACAGGCCAGAGCAAAAGGCAAAACGGCUGGGUUGGUGAGGAGCAGGGCUCUUGACAUGGAGAACUUCAAAACAGAAGUAAAUGUCCUCCCUGGAGCAAAGGUGCAGUUUGAACUUCAUUACCAGGAAGUAAAGUGGAGGAAGCUGGGAUCAUAUGAACACAGGCUUCAUCUGCAGCCAGGAAGGCUGGCCAAGCACUUGGAGGUUGAUGUGUGGAUUAUUGAACCUCAGGGAAUAAAAUAUCUUCACGUUCCUGACACAUUUGAAGGCCAUUUUGAUGGGGUUCCAGUGAUAUCGAAAGGAAAACAGAAGGCGCAUAUCUCCUUCAAGCCCACAGUAGCACAGCAAAGGAAAUGCUUUAACUGCUCUGAGACAGCUGUGGAUGGAGAGCUAGUGGUGGUAUACGAUGUGGCCAGAGAAGAGAAAGCUGGUGAGCUCGAGGUAUUUAAUGGGUAUUUUGUCCAUUUUUUUGCUCCUGAAAACAUGGAUCCAAUUCCAAAAAACAUCCUCUUUGUCAUUGAUGUUAGUGGCUCAAUGUGGGGAAUAAAAAUGAAACAAACAGUGGAAGCCAUGAAAACAAUAUUGGAUGAUCUAAGACCUGAAGACCAAUUCUCUGUGGUUGACUUUAACCACAAUGUUCGAACCUGGAGAAAUGAUUUAGUCUCAGCUACUAAAGCACAAGUUGCAGAUGCCAAGAAGUAUAUUGAGAAAAUCCAGCCCAGUGGAGGCACAAAUAUCAAUGAAGCACUUCUGCGGGCCAUCUUCAUUUUGAAUGAAGCCAAUAACUUGGGAUUAUUGGAUCCCAAUUCAGUCUCUCUGAUCAUUUUGGUUUCUGAUGGCGAUCCCACAGUAGGUGAGCUAAAAUUAUCAAAAAUACAGAAAAAUGUGAAGCAGAAUAUACGUGACAGUAUCUCCUUGUUCAGUUUGGGGAUAGGAUUUGAUGUUGAUUACGACUUUUUGAAGAGACUGUCCAAUGAUAACCGUGGAAUUGCUCAAAGGAUUUAUGGAAAUCAGGAGACUUCUUCCCAGCUCAAGAAAUUCUACAACCAGGUCUCUACUCCAUUGCUCCGGAAUGUUCAGUUCAACUAUCCCCAAACAUCAGUAACGGAUGUCACACAAAACGGUUUCCACAACUACUUUAAAGGUUCAGAGAUUGUGGUGGCAGGAAAACUUGACCCUGACAAAUUGGAACAAGUACAGAGCAUUGUCACUGCAACUUCGGCUAAUACAGAGUUAGUUUUGGAAACUCUGGGCCAAAUGGAUGACUUGGAGGAUUUCCUAUCAAAAGAUAAGCAUGCAGAUCCUGAUUUCACCAAGAAACUGUGGGCCUAUCUGACAAUCAACCAACUUCUAGCUGAACGAAGCCUGGCUCCUACAGCUGCUGCCAAAAGGAAAAUUACAAGAACAAUCCUGCAGAUGUCUCUGGAACAUCACAUAGUAACCCCCCUCACGGCGAUGGUGAUUGAGAACGAUGCUGGGGAUGAGCGCAUGUUGGCAGACUCCCCCCCACAAGACCACUCGUGCUGCUCAGGUGCCCUGUAUUAUGGCAGCAAAGUUGCUCCAAGUUCAGUCCCAUCUUGGGUCAAACCUUCACCAAUGCCAAUGGCCCCAAUGCCUGCGCAAAGUGCUCCUGUGCUUGAGAUGACUCCUCCACAUGUGAUGAGAGUUGAAAAUGACCCACACUUCAUUAUUUUCCUACCAAAAAGUCAAAAGAAUAUUUGUUUCAAUAUUGAUUCAGAACCUGGAAAAAUCCUCAACCUUGUUUCUGAUCCAGAAUCAGGGAUUUUGGUCAAUGGUCAGCUUAUUGGUGCCAAGAAACCUGAGAAUGAAAAACUAAAAACCUAUUUUGGCAAACUGGGAUUUUAUUUCCGAAAUGAAGACAUGAAAAUAGAAAUCAGCACUGAGACCAUCACCCUGAGUCAGGGCUCUCGAGUGUCCAUCCUGUCCUGGUCUGACACUGCUCGUGUCAUUUUUCAGAGGGUACUUGUUUCAGUGAAGAAGGAGAAAACUGUGACUAUCACCCUAGCUAAAGAGAUGUCCUUCUCCAUUUUACUUCAUCGUGUUUGGAAGAAGCAUCCAAUCAAUGUAGACUUUUUGGGGAUCUACAUUCCUCCCACAAACAAUUUUUCACUUAAUGCACAUGGACUAAUAGGCCAGUUCAUGCAUGAACCAAAGGUACAUAUCUUCAAUGAGCGCCCUGGAAAGGACCCCGCAAAGCCAGAGGCAAGCAUGGAGGUGAAAGGACACAAGUUGACCGUCACCAGAGGCUUACAGAAAGACUACCGAACGGACAUUGUGUUUGGAACGGAUGUCCCCUGCUGGUUUGUGCACAACAGUGGAAAAGGUUUCAUUGAUGGACAUUACAAGGAUUACUUUGUGCCUCAGCUCUAUAGUUUCCUCCAAUGGCCUUAAAGGUUUACACUUUUGGAAAUUUGUAUAAAUUUACAUACCUUUCUCUGCCACUUUUAUAGUCAUUCUUCAGUUCGAGUAAUUAAAACCUAACCAGAUAUCAUGGUGGUUCACAAAACUUGUUAACACAUCUGAAAAAAAUAAAUACUUUGCAGAGACAUUUUAGGAUUUUGCUGUUUUCAGAGGCUAAGGUAUGUUCAUCGAAGCAAUGCAAGAAAAACUGCUUUGGAGAGUCAAGCUGGCAUCCUGAGAGAACCUUGAAUUUGGCAUUUAUUGUAAUGAUUUCAGUAUUGCUGAGAAUCAGGUCCUCAGCCUUGCAGAUUGUGUACAUUUUUAUGCUGGUUACUUGUGAAGUUCAAUUAAGAAAAGGUUAUUGGGUGAACAAGGAAUAAAAAUAGAGGAAGUUACUUGAUCUUAAUUGUUUCACGUCUAUAUCUAU